UGAAUCAUGGAGUUGUCGGAUAUCUCUUUCCCCAUCCCCGCAGCUGAUGAUUUCUAUGAUGACCCCUGCUUCAACACCAGCGACAUGCACUUCUUCGAGGACCUGGACCCGCGGCUGGUCCAUGGGGGCUUGCUGAAGCCGGAUGACUCCUCCUCUUCAUCCUCACCCUCCCCUUCGUCCUCCUCCUCUUCCUCUCCGUCCUCCCUCCUCCAUCUCCACCAUCACGCCGACAUAGAGGACGACGAGCACGUCCGCGCCCCCAGCGGGCACCACCAGGCCGGCCGCUGCCUGCUCUGGGCCUGCAAGGCCUGCAAGAGGAAGACCACCAACGCGGACCGGCGAAAGGCGGCCACGCUGCGGGAGCGCCGGCGACUCAGCAAGGUCAACGACGCUUUCGAGACCCUGAAGCGCUGCACGUCGGCCAACCCCAACCAGAGGCUGCCCAAAGUGGAGAUCCUGCGCAACGCCAUCAGCUACAUCGAGUCCCUGCAGGCGCUGCUGCGCGGCGGGCAGGACGACGGCUUCUACCCGGUGCUGGAGCACUACAGCGGGGACUCGGACGCAUCGAGCCCCAGGUCCAACUGCUCCGACGGCAUGACGGAUUUUAACGGGCCGACUUGCCAGUCAACCAGAAGAGGAAGUUAUGACAGCAACUGUUAUUUCUCUGAGACUCCAAACGGUGGUCUGAAGAGUGACCGCAGCUCGGUGGUCUCCAGUCUGGACUGUCUGUCCAGCAUUGUGGAGCGGAUCUCCACCGACAACAGCAGCCUGCUGCCGGCUGCUGAGGGCCCCGGCUCUCCAGCCACAGUCCCAGUCAGCGAGGCAGGGUCUGCACCCGUUCAGGUCCCGUCCCCGACUGCCAGCCAAGACCCCAGCCUGAUCUACCAAGUCCUAUAGACCCUCACACAGAUAUCUACUGGGGACAUUCACAUCCUGUCACACCGUGAAGUCAUAAAACACACACACACUAUGAAAGUAAUCAUUUUCACCAGAUAAUAGGCUGAACAGAGUCUUCAUGUCCCAGUUGCAUCAGCUGCAAAGUUAUUCAGCAACAAAUCUUCCUAAAAUUCUUCCACACCUGUAUUUAUUCCCUUUAGCUGAUUAUAUGGAAGUUCAUUCCUGCCAAGAAACAAAUACAAUAGAUUUUUUUUUUGUUUAAAAUGACAUCAGAAAGUCUUCAUCAAUGGGUUGUAUUGUAUACAAAAUUUUAUAGGUUUUAAGCAAACUCCAUGCACUGAUGAAGACUGAGAUGGGAUGAAAACUCAGGAAAAGUUCUUCACAAAACUAUUGUUAUCUUAGUCUUAAUUCAACAACUAGAAAUGUGGAACAGAUAAAAGCUAGAAUUCAAAAAAUGUGUCAAAAAAGAGCCUGAACUGAACAUCUGGGUUUUCAAUUUUCCAACAACAUUUUGUAAUUUAAUAAAUAGUGGGGUAUCUGAAACGCAAAGAUAAAAACAACAGACAUAAUCAGGCAACAGCUAAGAUUAUCAUUUUGAUCUUGUUUGUCAGGUGAAUGAGAAGAUGAUUUUAUCAUUCCAGUAUUGCCAGCAUUCAUUUAUUUUCUCAGCAGGAAUGAACCUCCAUACAUCCCACCUGAUUCUCAUCUUGUCAAAAUAAGAGUCACUUUAGGCUCAAACCACUUUAAUGCUGUAGUUUUAUUACAGGUUUAGAGAUUAAUAGAAACCAGUUCACUUCUUGCUGUAAUGUUAUUUUAUUUUAAGUUAUGAAAACUAUUUUUGAGACAUAUUCAGAUGGAUUUUUCUUCCUUUCUGUGUAAAGUCUAUUUGAUGAAGGGCGGAGGCCAAAAUACACCCAUUAACAUUCCUCCACUUUCGUUCAUCUGAAGUCCUAAAGGCCCCAGCUGUUAAUUUCCCUCAGGAGAGAAAGGAACUAUCCUGUGAUAUUGUAGAAAAACAGUGAAAAACCAGACAUUUCUGCAGUUACAAUAAAUGACAAAAUUGAAUUUCACCCACAUUAUAAACUACAUUUAGGAGAGUAUUGUGGUGAUUUUUUCUAUCAGACCUCCCUCUUGUCCAAGUUAAAAAUCAGUUUCAUUUGUCGUUUUCACUCACUGCAGCGGAGGACCAUUUUUCUUUAUGUACAUAUUAUGUAAAUAAGAGCUGAUUUGUUCCAACUGAAAGUAUUAAUUGUGUAUUUAAUGUUUCUGUCUGUAUGUGCUUUUGUUUGUUGUGAAAAAUGUUUAACUUUAUAUUUAUACAUCUGACAACUGAGUGACAGUCUAAUGACAAAUAAAU